AGACCCGGAUAUUUUGUCUGCUACGAAACAAAGUUUCAUUACCAACAAAGUUUGGAUCUUCAUUUGAACUCUGAAUCCAAAGAAGUCUAUGAAAGCUGCACCCAUCUGGGUUUGUUCAGAACUCACUUCAAAAACUUGUUACCUCACAUUUUAAGGUUGUGCACUAGGAUAGGAAUAUGAUGGAGCUACAAUAAGGUUUGUUUUGUAUGACAGAUCGUACUCAGUUAGGUUUAACAACUUUCAUGUUAGAGGGUUGAGAAAUUGUCUACUAUUUAAAAUGAGAGCAACAGAGAGACAUGGAAGUGUUUCUCACAAAUUUGUUGAACAGCCAGUUGAAGCGCCAGAGUCCUAUGGUUUCCCUUCAAUCCACAAUGUCGCCAUUCAAGGAGAACAUCUGUCACCUCAUAACUUUGAGCAGUAUGAAUCAUCCUCAGCAACCAGUAAAUACCAUGUUCCAAGUUCUCCAUCUAGUUUAAGUUUCUCAGCAAAUGGGAGUCCGACAUCACAGCCAGAUUUGCAGUCUUACCAAUCUAGUGGCUCUCCACUUAACCAGUCUUGCUUAACAAACGAUGUUGGUGGCCUGAGCCACAAGAUAAGGGAAUUGGAAAGUCUUUUGCUUGGAAAUGAAUCGGAUGUCCUUGACAUAUAUGGCAUCACAAGUCAGGUUAAGCAUAACCAAGAUUUGUCAGGAGAGCAGAACUGGAAACAAAUGAUGGAGAUGAUCUCCAGAGGUGACUUGAAACAGGUGCUCUGUGCUUGUGCUGAAGCAUUGGCAGAAAAUGAUAUGUCAACAACUGAAUGGUUGAUGUCAAAUUUACGUCAGAUGGUAUCAGUUUCAGGUGAGCCAGUCCAACGUUUAGGAGCUUACAUGUUGGAAGGCCUUGUUGCAAGGUUGGCCUCUACAGGAAGUUGCAUCUAUGCAUCCUUAAGAUGCAAAGAGCCUGCCAGUGCCGAACUCCUAUCAUACAUGCACAUACUAUAUGAAAUCUGCCCUUACUUCAAGUUUGGGUACAUGUCAGCCAAUGGGGCGAUUGCAGAAGCCAUGAAGGAUGAAAGUAGAGUUCAUAUAAUUGAUUUUCAGAUUGCUCAAGGCAGCCAGUGGAUCACCUUGAUCCAGGCCUUAGCUAGUCGGCCUGGAGGGCCCCCACAUAUUAGACUCACGGGCAUAGAUGAUUCUACAUCAGCUUAUGCACGGGGAGGGGGACUUGAUCUUGUGGGAAAGAGGUUGUCAAGGCUUGCAGAGUCAUAUAAGGUACCGUUUGAGUUCCAUGGUGCUGGAAUCUCUGCUUCUGAGGUUCAGCUUGAGGACCUUGCAGUUCAAACAGGUGAGGCACUUGCAGUUAAUUUUGCCUUCACGCUGCACCACAUGCCAGAUGAGAGUGUGAGCAUCGAAAAUCAUAGGGACCGGCUGUUGAGGGUGGUUAAGAGCUUGUCUCCCAUGGUGGUGACUCUUGUUGAGCAAGAAUCAAACACCAACACAGCUCCUUUCUGUCCCCGAUUUGCUGAGGCAUUUAGCUACUAUGGGGCUAUUUUUGAUUCAAUCGAUGCAGCUUUGCCAAGGGAACACAAAGAGCGGAUCAAUGUUGAGCAGCACUGUCUGGCACGAGAAAUUGUCAACAUUAUAGCUUGUGAAGGGGUCGAAAGAGUAGAACGUACCGAACUUCUCAGUAAGUGGAGGUCACGAUUUAUGAUGGCAGGGUUUUCACCUUAUCCACUUAGCUCCAUAAUAAAUGCCACAAUCAAAACCCUGCUGCAGAGCUAUUCUGAGAAGUAUACACUUGAAGAAAGAGAUGGAGCCUUAUAUCUCGGGUGGAAGAAUCAAGCUCUUGUUGCCUCCUGUGCAUGGAGGUAAAACUAGCAGUUAUUGCUUGUGUUUCUUGGUCAUGGAACCUCUCCCUUAUUAGUCAAUUUUCUGCUUCUAAUUUGAAUUUCUUCCUUUAGUCGGCGAAGAGCAUAAGAUAUGAUCUCAUUGAUAGAGUGAUAGCAGUAGUAUUGCUUCAUUAGUAAUAAAAACUCAUUUCCAUGACC